AUGCACCUUCCCCAGCGAGAUCUUCCGCGCCAUAACGACGAUUUCUUCACGAGCCUUCACCCUCGCCAUCUCCUUGGCCUCCUCGAGCGCCUCGAUCAAUCUCACCAGACCUCUCUCCCCAUCCUCACCCCCAACUUUCGGCAUCAGAUUCUCCGCCACGUCAGCAGGCGUCAUCUCAAUCUCUUCCAACAUCAACCGAAUCUUGCCGAACAACUCGUGCGCCUCGAUUUCCAAAUAAUUCUUGGCAAGAACCUUAAACGCCUCAAACCCGCAAUACGAGAGCUCAAUGUGCUUGUCCAUCCUCCCUCUCCGGAUAAGUGCUGGGUCGAGCUUCUCCACGUAGUUCGUCGUGAAAACAAUAAUCCUUUCCCCACCGCAAGCCGACCAAAGCCCGUCAAUAAAGUUCAAAAGCCCGGACAAUGUCACCUCGCUCGAUUUCUUCCCACCCUCCUCCAAUUUUUUCAAUUUCUCCUUCAAUUUCUCAGUCUCGUCCUUAUCCUUCUUCUCGUUAUUGUCUUUUUCGUCUUCCUUCUCAUCCUCCUUCUUCUCUCUCUGUCCCGUGAGAUUGAGGGAGCAGUCGAUGUCCUCAAUAACAACGAUCGACUUUCCCGACGUGUCGAUAAGAAGCUUCCGGAGCUCGGUGUUGUCUUUGACCGAAGUCAACUCAAGAUCGUACACGUCGUACUCGAGAAGAUUAGCCAUGGCGGCUAUCAUGGUCGACUUGCCGGUCCCCGGCGGCCCGAACAAGAGGUAUCCCCUUUUCCAAGCCUUUCCGAUUUUCUUAUAGUAAUCCUCGGAAUCCGCGAAUUUACGGAGAUCGUUGAUGAUGUCAUGCUUUUUCACGGGAUCCAUGGCCAGAGUGUCGAAAGUGGCCGGGUGCUCGAAUGCCACGUGGCUCCACAAGCGCGGCCUGUACCCGCCGCCGUCUCCCCUGUUGUUGGUGUAGAGCUUCCGGCGCCGCUCUCGGACGGCGAUGGCCUUUCCCUGGGCGAUGACGUGUGGGAUGUAUUUUGA